AUGGCAGUAGUUCAGAAAGCUAUAUUGGAAUGGAGGGAGUAUCAGGAAGCUCAAGAAGCAGAAGGGGAAUUAGUUCGAUUUAAGAGUGGUGGAAAAGAGGAGCUGAGUGGCUGGAAGGAACCAAGUGAGGCGUGGAUCAAGAUUAACUCAGAUGCAGCUGUUAACCAAAAAGAGGAUAGAGCAGGAUGGGGAUUGAUUGCAAGGACCUGGCAAAGGAAAAUUGUGGGAGCUUGGGCAGUUCCAAAUACAAGCUGCUCAAAUCCCAAGCUAGAAGAAGCAUUGGCUUUAAGAGCUGCCAUGUUAGUGGCAAAAAGUCAGGGUUGGAGAAGAGUGGAGUUUGAGUCAGAUUGUAAGCAAGUAAUUGAUGGAAUAAAUACAGAGGAAGAUGAUGCAGCCAUUGCAACAGUGCUCUCAGAUAUUAAAAAACUAAAGUCCAGUUUUUAUGAAUGUUGUUUUUCCUUCACUAGAAGGAUUAACAACUCUGUUAGUCAUUGUUUGGCAAAUUUUGCUAUUAAAUUGAAGGAAACUGCUGAAUGGAAGUCUGACUUCCCAGCGUGGUUGCUUGAGUUGGUUCAAGCGGAUUGUAAGGGCAGUUGCCCCAAAGGAUGUAAUCUGGAUUUGUCUAUGAAUGAAACGUUGUCGUUUUGA